AUGGCAACCAACAAAAGGACAAGAAUUCAAACAGGCCACAAUGAGCCAUCAGACAGACACCGCAAGAAACAAUGCAAUACCUUAUUCCUGGAAAACCACACAGAGACAAUGCGACGGGAAUUGCCGCAUGCUGUUGAAGUGCAAACUGUCACCGUCGACACUGUGCUUCCCGUUAUCAUAGAGCGUCUCAUCAGCCUGGAGCAGGCCGUUGAGCAAACCACAAAAGAGGUGAAGGAAGCGAAACUGGAAAUAAUUGAGUUAAUUAACAAUUUGAAGGAGACGAUCCCGGCGAUGAUGCGGGAGACGAUGCUCGAAGUAUGGCAGUCGAUAUUCAGCGGAAUGGCAACGACAAUCGGAGAUAUGCGGAGUGCUGCAGCUGCUGGAGCUACCGCACCACCCCCACCACCAGCAAUGCAACAACAAACUAUUCCGGCGGCGGCUGCGAAUCUCCUGGUGCUGACGGAACGAAUUCGCACUUUCACCUUUCAAUCGCAACACAACAGUCUAAAAGGUCUGUGGGACGAAUGGCACGGCCUGGGAAACUACCAGGACCUGCCCAUUGCUGGAGGGGUUGCCGCUUUGGAGGAGUUGCACGGCGCAAAAUGGAGAAACACAAGAACAAACAUACAACAACGCGUCUCAAGACAAGGCAAGAUUUGUCUUGGGAUUAAAAAGAAGUCUGAGGCCGAAUCCAAGUCGAUCGACUCGGUUUGCAACGAAUGGAAUCGAAAGUAUGCGAUGGAGCUCAACAAAAACAUGAGAAGGUUCGUGGAGUUCUUGCAAGAGGAGAAUUGGAUUCCAGUUCCUACAAGACGCGGACGAAGAUCAGAUACUUAG